AUGAGUCGACCGAAGGUCCUGGUCACUGACAGCACCGUCAACGUCGACAAGCUUAGAAAGAUGUAAGUCGUCAUAUUUUUCAUCCUGUUUUUAGGUAGUUUAUAUUGUUUCCGGGUAAAUUGCUGAUUUUUCCAGUGCAGAUGUUGAUCAGUACGAUGCAGUUGGUCAGAUGCCUCGGAAAGAGCUGAUUGAGCGGUCCAGGAACGUGGAUGGACUCUUCUGUUUGCUGAGGGACAAGAUUGACAAGGAGUUUUUGAGCAAUUGUGAGCUUGCCCGCAUGGAUAAUAUAAUUUUGCGAAUUCAGGUGAAAAACUAAAGGUUAUUGGGACUAUGUCAGUUGGAUAUGAGCAUUUGGACAUUGAGGAAUGCAAGAAGAGGUAAACAUGGUUUUAUUCGAUUUAUGUUUCUUUGCUUUAGGGCGAUCAAAGUUGGCUACACACCUGGAGUUUUGACGGAGGCUACAGCAGAACUGGGAAUCUCGUUGUUGCUGGCUGUUAGUCGGCGUAUUGUUGAGGCAGCUGACUCUGCAAAAAGGUAAUUGUUAGUUACCUCUACUUAUUGCUUUUCUUGAGAUUUUUUAAUCAUGGAUAAUAUAAUUUGUCUUCGAAUUUUGGUUUCGAGUUCAACGACGUACCCUGCCCGAUCUAUCGUUUUAUUUUCAGCGGCGGUUGGUCUACCUGGACGCCGUAUUACAUGUGUGGCAAAGCAAUAUCCGGUCAAACAAUUGGAUUUUAUGGUUUAGGUGCGAUUGGUAAAAGUAUGGCCGAAAAAUUGGAGCCAUUCAAGCCGGGGCGUAUCUUGUAUCAUAAUAGAAAGCCUAGAAAUGACGGUAGGUUCCUUUUGAAUGCAAAAUUAUUUGUAUUUUUAGUUCCCGGAUAUGAAUACGUUGAUUUUGACACUUUACUCAAAGAAAGCGAUUUUUUGAUCUGCACUGUGGCUGCGACUGCUGAAAAUAAGGGGAUUUUCAACACGGAAGCCUUCAAGAAGAUGAAAAGUGAUGCCAUAUUCGUCAACGUUAGUCGAGGAGUCCUUGUCAAGAUGGAUGAUUUGAAUUCCGCCCUGGAAUCUGGGGAAAUCUAUGCCGCUGGGCUUGAUGUCACGGAUCCAGAGCCUCUCCCAUUGGAUCAUCCGCUUUUUCAAAGAAGAAAUUGCACGAUUCUGCCCCAUAUUGGGUCGGCAACGGUGGCUACGCGAAAUUUGAUGGCUUCGACCACGGUAGACAACAUUUUCAACGCCUUGUCUGGUGAGAAAAUGGUCGCCAGCGUCGUUGAAUAG